CAUGGCUCCCGUUAUCGUCUUUGGUCCAACAGGCGCGGUCGGCUCGGCCGCCGCGCGCACCGCCCAGGAACUAGGAACCAUGGUGUAUCUCGCCAUGCGCGACCCCACGAAACCCAUUCCCGGUCUUAGUGCGGAGAAGGAAAGCGAGGGAGGUUUCAAAAGAGUGCAGGCCGAUUUCUCGCAGCCAGACACUAUCUCCACUGCAGUAGCGCAGAGCAAAGCGAAACACGCCUUCAUCUACACCGACCUGACUUCAUCUGACCACAUGCGAGCGAGCUUUACCGCUCUCAAAGAGGCAGGAAUCGAAUCUGUCGUUCUGCUGAGCAGCUUCGGCAUUCAGGAAGAUGUUCGCAACGUGUCGCCCGAGUAUCACAUCGCCCAUGUUCACGCGCAGGCCGAGGUUUCCCUGCAAGAAGUCUUCGGUGCGAAUGGUUAUGUAGCAGUCCGGCCGGCCUUUUACGCGAGUAACACACUUUGGUGGAAAGCUCCCAUUCAGACCGGACAUGUGAAGCUCGCUUGGCCAGCUGCAGCUUUUGACUGGAUUUCUCCGGAAGAUAUUGGAGGUGUUUGCGGCACGAUCAUUGCCCACAGGGCCCAGGGAACUGAUCUCUCGUUGGCCGAGCCGUACGUGAAUCUGGUCGGCGCGGAGAAGAUGGGCGUUGGGGAUGCCGUCAAGACUAUUGGCAAAGUUCUUGGCAAGGAGGUCAAUGUCUCUGAGGUGGGUGAGAAUGAAGCCUUGGACAGCUUGGUGAAUGAGUCCGGGCUGCCCGAGCCAAUCGCGCGAUCGGUGCUUGGAUUUUGCCAGAACGCGGCGAAUGGUCAGUCCUUCAUGGACAGCCCCCGGUAUGGGCCUGCAGUUGGCAAUAUAGAAAAGUACCUUGGCCGGCCGGCGACCCGGUUGCAUGAGUGGGUGGAGGCAAAUCGAGAGAAGUUCAGUGCUUGACAUACUGGCUUUCCUCAAGUAAUACUGCGGUGUAUGGUCAUUUGCAAAUUAGCUG